AUGGGACGCAACAAACAACAUGUGAGCAAGCGGGAGCAGCUGCGCAGCAAGAACAAGAACUACAAGGCGACCAAGGAGAAGCAGAAGGUGCAGAGCAAGGAGGGCAAGAAGGAUCCCACCAAGCGAAAGGAGCUGAAGAAGGAUCCGGGCCUGCCCAACUUGGAUCGCUUCAAGCAGACCUUCACCGCGCGCCUCGAGCGCAUCGCCGAAAAGAGCGAACGCCAGCGCGAUCGCCAGAAGAAGGAUAGGGAGCGUGUGCUGGAGGAGCAGCGCAAGCAGAUGUCGAUGCACGAACUGGUCAAGAACGCCAUGGACCGCGAGCGAUCGUUCUUCCAGAAGGAGGAGGGCAGGGGCGUGGAGUCCCUCCAGACCAUGACCGACAGCUCCAAGAAGGCCUUCUUCAGGGAGUUCAAGAAGGUGGUCAAGGCCGCCGACGUCAUCUUGGAGGUGCUCGACGCCCGAGAUCCGUUGGGCUGCCGGUGUCUCGACGUGGAGCAGAUGAUCAUCACCCAGGACCCCAACAAGAAGAUCAUUCUCAUCCUCAACAAGAUCGAUCUGGUGCCGAAGGAGAAUGUGGAGAAGUGGCUCAAGUACCUGCGAAACGACUUCCCCACGCUGGCCUUCAAGUGCUCGACCCAGAAGAAGGGCAAGAUCGCCCAGUCGACCGUGUCCCUCCAGUCCGCGUCCUCCACCUCCAACAUGGAGACCAGCGAGUGUCUCGGAGCCGACGCGCUCAUCCAGCUCCUCAAGAACUACUCGCGCUCGCUCAACAUGAAGACCUCCAUCACCGUCGGCAUCAUCGGCUACCCGAACGUCGGCAAGAGCAGUUUGAUCAACAGCUUGAAGCGAGAGCGCGCCGUGGGCGUGGGCGCCACCCCCGGCUACACGCGCGCCAUGCAGGAGGUGCACAUCGACAAGCACGUCAAGCUGCUGGAUUGCCCCGGUAUCGUCUUCUCCGAGAGCUCGUCUGAGUCCGACCUCGUGCUCCGCAACUGCAUCAAGGUCGAGCAGAUCACCGACACCGUCAAGCCCGUCGACCUGAUCCUCAGUCGAUGCCGGAGGGAGAAGCUGAUGGAGCUGUACAAGAUCCCGAUCUACCACGACACGCGGGAGUUCCUGUGCCACAUCGCCCACAAGCGCGGCAAGCUCGGCAAGGGUGGCGUGCCCGAGUACGAGGCCGCGGCGCGCACGGUGCUGCAGGACUGGAAUUCGGGCAAGAUCGCGUUCUACACGGAGCCCCCGAAGGAGAGGAAGGGCAUCCACGUGUCGGCGCAGGUCGUCUCUCAGUUCUCGGAGGAGAUCAAGCUCGACAAUAUCUUCGUCAACGAGGAUUCUUCAGUGCUCUCUGGUCUGGCGGACACGGACAGCGGGCGCUUCAUGUCGAUGGGCACCAGCGUCUUUUCGUCGACUGUCGACACUAAUCUCAUGCGGCACCUGGGCACCGAGAUGGAGGACAUGGGUCAGGACGACGAUGACGACGACGACGACAAGUCGACCGCCCAGCAAACGCGAUACCUCGCCUACGACGCCAACGGCAACAACGCGACGCUCAUCCAGCAGCGCAAGCUGUUCGAGGACGAGGACAAGAUCAACCCGCAGACGCAGAAGGACCGCAAGAAGUACCUCAAGCUGGUCCGCAAGAUGCGGCGGAAGGGCAAGGAGACGAUGGGCAUGGCCAUGCUGGGCGAGGGCGAAGAGGAGCAGGAGGACGACGACGGUGGCGACGACGAUGGCCUGGACGAUGACCUGAACGGUGGCGGGCCGGUGGUGGACACGGUGGAGAGCGUCACAAGCCGGCUGGGCCUGUUCACGCCGGACGACCUGGUCAAGUUCCUCGAGACCAAGAAGGCCAUCAAGGACCUGAAGAAGAAGAAGAGCCGGAAGGGCAAGCAAAAGGUACAGGACGACGACGAAGAGAAGGAAGAAGAAGGAGGUGAAGGUGACGGUGGCGCCGGCAUGGACGAAGAAGAAGAGGAGCUGUUCGAUGUCGACGAGAUGCACUAA